CGAAAUUCUCUUGCCCCCUCAGUUUUUAUCUCUCUGCUUUCAUAUAAUCCUUUUUCCAACCAAAAUAAGAAAUUAAGAAUCUCUUACCCUCUCUCUCUAUCUGUUCUUUCUUCCUUUCUUUCUCAUUUCUCUUAGGACUUUUUUUUAGCAUCGGCAGCAACAUGGCGAACGCGGCGUCAGGAAUGGCAGUUAGCGAUGAAUGUAAAUUGAAAUUCUUGGAGUUGAAAGCAAAGAGGAAUUCCCGUUUCAUUGUAUUCAAGAUUGUGGAUCAAGCAGUGGUGGUGGACUCCAUUGGAGGCCCACAAAAUACUUACGAUGAUUUCACGAAGGCUCUGCCUCCAAAUGAGUGUCGUUAUGCUGUCUUUGAUUUUGAUUUCACCACUCAUGAGAAUUGCCAAAGAAGCAAGAUUUUCUUCAUUGCCUGGUCUCCAGAUUCAGCAAAGGUGAGACAAAAAAUGGUGUAUGCGAGCUCCAAAGACAGGUUCAAGAGAGAACUUGAUGGUAUUCAGGUUGAGUUGCAAGUAACAGAUCCUAGUGAAAUGAGCAUGGACAUCAUAAAAGCUAGGGCAUACUAAUUAAUGAGCUAGCUAAAUAUAUAACUAUAACAUUGUUCUUCAAUUUUCUUUCUUUGAUGCUUUCAUUUUCUUUGU